AUGAGAGACUUUCAUAAUUGCAUUGAUUUUUGUGAACUUAUUCAAGCUCCAAAGUCUGGUCUGGAGUUUUCCUGGUGUAAUGACAGAUUGGGCACAAAGAGAAUUCUUUGCAACCUAGACAAAGCUUUCUUUAAUUUGAAAUGGCUUGAAACCUUUAAUGGCUGGCACUAUAAAGUAGGAGCUAGAGGUAUUUCUGAUCAUGGACCUCUUGUUGGAUCUGAUACUGUGAUUCCUAGAGCCCUCAAUAUUUCCUUUAGAUUCCAAAAAAUGUGGCUUUCUCAUCCUUCUUUUAUGCAAGUGAUUUUUGAUUCUUGGAGUGAAGAAAUUUCAGUUACAGCAAGAGGAGAAUAUGACAUUGCUGCUAAUAAUUACCAUACUUUCUUGAGGGACAAAGCUAGAAUUAAUUGGAUUAAAGAAGGAUAUAUAAAUUCUAAAUUCUUUCAUACAAGCAUAAAACUGAGGCAGAGAAAAAAUUCCAUUGCAGAAUUAGAAGACAGUUCUGGUAAUAUUAUCACUGAUCAGAAAGGAAUUGCUGACAAUCUUAUUGAUCACUUCAGCCUUCCAGAUGAAAAUGAAAUUAAAAAUGCUAUCUUUGAUCUUAAUCAAGAUAGUGCUCCAGGUCCAGAUGGAUUUACUGGAACUUUCUACAGAGCUGCUUGGGAUAUUAUCAAAAGCAAUCUGGUGGAAGCUAUUCAUUACUGUUGGAAGAACAACAUAAUUCCCAGUGCAUCUAAGCUUGUAAAUGAAAUGGUCACCAAAAGAAGAGGAGGUAACUUAUCCCUUAAACUAGAUAUUUCUCAAGCUUAUCAUACCAUGAGUUGGGAAUUCUUGUAUAGAGCUAUGAAGCAAUUUGGUUUUUCUGCUAAGUUCUGUAACUGGAUUUUGGUUUUGCUCAAAUCUUCCAAAAUUUCAAUUAUGUUAAAUGGAGGACCUAUUGGAUUCUUUGGUGUUGGAAGGGGACUUAAACAAGGUGAUCCACUUUCCCCUAUACUUUUUACAAUUGAAGAAGACAUUCUUAGCAUAAAUAUUCAUCAUAUGAUUCUUGAGAAGAAAAUUCAGCCUAUGGUUGUAAGAAAUAGUAUGCAUCCUUCCCAUUUAUUAUUUGCAGAUGAUAUCCUUCUUUUUUGCAAUGGUGGUAUGAGAAAUAUUACAAACCUGAGAUCUUUAUUAGUUGAAUACCAAGAUGCAACUGGUCAAGUUAUUAACGCUGCAAAGAGUAAGCUUUUUAUCAAUGGUACUUCUGAAUCAAGAAAAAGACAAUUUGUUGAUUUCUUUCAAAUGAACUUAUCUACUUUUCCUGAUAGAUAUUUAGGAGUGAUGUUGGUUCAAGGGAGGGUUAAAUCUUGUCAUUUAUGGCACAUUGUUGAUUAUAUGCACAACAGACUUGUUUCUUGGAGUGGAAAAUUCUUAAAUUUCCAGGCAAGAUUGACUUUGGUAAACCAUGUAUUAUGUAGCAUUCCUAUUUACAAUAUGUCCAUUUAUAAGUGGUCAAGGAAGAUUAUUGAUGCUUGUGAAAGAAUAAUUAGAAAUUAUUUGCGGUUUGGAAAUGCAGAAGACCAAAAAUAUGUUACUCUAAAAUAG